UAUCAAUGUCAACGCAGAAUGAUAUUCCUUCAUUCAGUGCUAAAAUUUUGUAAUUUAAAGACGCGAACUCAAACAAUUUAUAAUAAAGUGUAUUUUUUUAAGUGUUUUAAUUUAAUAUCUUAUUGUUCUGUGUAACUUUCUUUUUAAAACGGCCAGACGAAAAAAAGUGUGACCUUCCUUCGCUUGAAAAAUGCAACGUCAAUUUACUUCGGGCAGCCGCCAGGCACCUGAUCCCUUCGAUCAGUUUCUCGAAGAACAUAAUUUCUAUCGUAAACAUACGGCUAGAGAUGCAUCCUGUUUGUUUCGUGUCAUAUCGGAACAAAUGUAUGACACGCAAUUGCAUCAUUUGGCCAUUCGGGAGAAAUGUGUGACGUACAUGCGCAAACAUCGUAAACACUUCGAUUAUCAUGUAGAUCGAGAUUUCGAUGAGUAUUUGGAUGACAUGUCAAAACCGAAAACCUAUGGAACAUUAUUAGAGCUGCAGGCAGCCAGUUAUAUGUUUGAGCGAAAUGUGUUUUUAUUUCAACCUUUUAAUUUGGGUAAUUAUUUUAGUGAAUAUCGUUCGAAUUUUGUCGAAGUAUUUCGUGUUUUUUAUACGCCUGAAAGACAUUUUGAUUCCGUAUUUACAUCAGAUUAUAUACAAGAGGCUGCUAUAUGUCAAUCCAUUUGUUAUGAGAUUCUUUAUAAAGAUCUCUUUAAACUGCCCGAUGUCUCAUUUGCCGUUGAACAAAUGCUGCACGGUCCCACCUUUGAAAAUAUGGAUUACCGUACCGAAACUAAUGAGGAAGGCUACUCUACACGUUUGCAUUUAAGUGAUGGUCGUUCAUUUGAAUUGGAUUUACCACACAAUACAAAUUGUAUAUUGGAAAAUUAUAAAUUAUGUCAUUUUCAUUAUAUAAAUUUUCCACGCUAUUCGGAUGAUCUUCAACGUGAACUUAAAAAUGCUAAUAAUUGUGAGGAAUACGAUAAGAAUUCGUUGAUUAUACAACGUACCGCUGAAUCUUUUCUACCGAAUAAGUAUGUCUCCUGUGUUAGACAACUACUACAGGAGGGCAUAACACCAUUUCCCUAUAAAGUUGCUAAGGCUUUAGAUCCAAAUAUGUAUCGUAAUAUUGAGUUUGAUUCAUGGAAUGAAAUGCGCAAGGAGUUGAAGCUACAGAAUUGGUAUAAUGGUGAUGCAAAUUUUAAGUUAAUACGUUAUAGCACAAGACGAGUUCGCAAAAUAUUUCAGGUUGGCGCCAAGUGUCAUGUAAAAUUGCGCAAGUCAGAGCAGGAUCUCUAUACUUGUCAUAUACAGGAAAUAGCUGUCGAUAAGGGACAGUGUAUUGUAUUUGUCGAACAAUUGGGUGAAAAACGUUUAGUGCCUUAUGAGAAUCUAACACCCUUACCACCGGAUCAAUUUAAACCCUGGACGGUGCCUUAUCGUUUGCAACGCCAUAUGCAAAAAUAUAGUUCAGUACGUUUUACACGUCAAUACAAUUAUCGUUUUAAAUUCAACACAACUACUGAGCAUCAUCAUCAUCAUGAGUUUGCAUGUGGUUCGGCUAUGGAUAAUGAUAGUUGUUCAAAUGAUUAUAUCGAUGAUGAUCUCAAGAAGUCAGCUCGUCAGCAACAUAAUCAACAUUGUACUUCUGCUGCUUCAUAUUUUAAAUUGAAGCAGUACACUCAUUUGGAGGAUUUUCGCACUCAUGUCGAAUACUGUACUAUGCCCUUGACGGUAGCACAUGCUGGACGAGAAGUUGAUGCAGCUAAAUCUGGUAAUCAGCAAAGAGGAAUUAGUGAUUCUAAUGAGAAUUCUCGUACUCCCUCGAGAUCUUCAACGACUGUGGGAGCCCAACGUAAUAACAUGGAGGCUGUACAAAAUAAAGCCCUACCAAAUAGUGGCCCUAAUAAUGUUGAUGAUAAUUUAGUGGCACCACAGGCAUUUGCUGUUCCCCAUUUUAUGGAGGCUUAUGAUGUUGAUCAUUAUAAUCCUAAUGCUGCUUUAUACAUGCCCGAAAUGCAAAGUUUUUAUCCCAUGUAUCCCUACUCAACUGCUGCCGGUAUACCAGAAGAUUAUUAUGGUUAUUGUGGUUUUGAUGGUGGUUUGCCUCCCGGUGCUGCCUUUAUGCCUGCAGUAAAUAAUGGUUUUUAUUAUUUAUGUAACAAUACUUUAGCACCACCUGGUAAUUACAUCAACUCUACUAAUCCCUAUUUCCCGCCGCCACCACCAGCUCAAUCAUUAGGUAUUGGUCCUAUGGUGGCAACAGCUAAUACUCCGAAUGCUUCGUAUUAUACGCAGACGCCCCUAACUAGUGCAGCAACUAGCACACAAUCUGUACAAAGUUUAGCUCCACCAAGCAAUACACAACCAUCCAGUAAUAAUACACCUUCACGUUUACCUCAACGCAGUGUAACAAAUACUCCCACAAAUACUCCUUUAAGUGGACGCAUAAAUUAUGAUGCUAAAAAAUCUUUAAAAGCCAAUGGUAUCGAUUUGCCCAAUGAUGUGGCCACCUUAAGGUUCUUUUACAAUAUGGGUUUGGAUUAUUAUCAUAAACAGAAAAACAAUGAAAAUGAGACACCUUCCAAUGAAGAUACUACAAAUAAACUUUCAAAUGAUUUGCAAAAUAUCAAACUCGAUGAAAAUGCUAAUCAAGUGUCAAGUACUAAAUCGGAUGCAAAUAACAAUGAUCCGCUUAAUGUUAACCAAAAUGAAAUGGCAGCUAGUAAUGAAACAAAUUCAAAUACAACUCAAUCAAAUAAGCACAGCAAUACAGGUGUAAACUCUUCUACUGGUGGUGGUGGUGGUGGUAAUAAAAAUAACAAUAAUAACAAUCAAAGACGUUAUAGUUCACGUUAUUUUAGUGGCAAAGAACGACAAAUGUCACAACGUAAUAAUAAUAACAAUACAAAUCAAAAUUCACAAAAUUCUAACCAUCAUCAGCACCAACAACAGCAGCAGCAACAGCAUCAUAAUCAAAAUCAUUCUUCACAACGUAAUCAGGGAAAUUAUAAUAACAAUGCCAAUAAGUAUUCACAAAAUAAUUAUAAUUCUUCUUCAAAUAUAACGAAUACAAGUCGUAAUACACAACAACAUCAUUUGCAAACAUUGCAGCAACAUCAACAACAGCAGCAGCCGCAGCAUCUUAAUCCUCAUCAUGCUGCUAGCAGCGAACAAUCUCGACAAAUUUCACCUACUUGUGGUUUUGAUGAAGCUUCUAUUCGUGUUAAUUCGGUUGAUUCACGAAGUAGUCAGACUCCCACAACAAAUAAUUCAAAUACAAAUACUAUGAUAACUUAUGCUAAUAAUAGCGAACAAAUAAAUGAAGGCUUAACGGCUGGUGGAAUAGGAAAUGCAGGUCAAAUGUCCAUUGCUAUGCAAUCUACAGCAGGUGGUGUUUAUAUACCAAUACCCAUGACGGGAGGACCACCUCCACCAGCGCCCUAUGGAAUAUUUGCUCCACAUCCAACAGCUGCUGCUGGUGCUCAUCCGGCUAACGGUAUGGGUAUGCAUCCCAACUAUAUGACUGGACCACCGCCUCAAAUAAUAACACACUGUGGUCUACCACCACCUGUGGCAGCACAACAACAUGCUACCCUAACUGGUGGAAUGAAUACUGCUGCUGGAUCGGAUAAUAUGGAAAAUGUUUGUAACACUGAAAUGGCAACUAAUAAUGCAGCAGGUCUUAUUGGUAUGCCACCACCAGGCAUGCAAAUUCAAUGUCCUAAUUAUCCACCACCUAUGCCGUUUUAUUAUUCAGCAAAUAGUGCCAAUUCAAUGGGAGGUAAUGGCGUUGCUGGAGCACCCAUGCCUAAUGCAGCAAAUGGUGUACAUUUAGUAUCUCCCUUCUCGCAUCAAGUGCCACCUUCAACACCUUCUAAUCAAACAGCAUUUGCCUCACCACAACCUUCUAUGGCAACUACUGGACAGGGUUACUAUUGUUUACAACCACCACCACCAUUGCCUCCUCAGCAGCAAGUAACACCCCAAUUAAUGCAGCCACAACCAUCACCAAUGUCCGCUAAUACUAGGACACCAAAUACCAACUCCUUAUCACACGAUAUCAAUACGGGCCCACGUAACGAUUUAAUACAACAAAAUAAUGAUUAAAAAACAAUAAUUCUUUUCUUUUUACAAUUUUAAUUCUAUUGAUUUUCAUUUAAUGAUUGAUGCUUUAUUCUACUUUCUACUUUAAAUUAUAAUGUAUUUUUCAUACAUUUCAAAACUCAAUUUUACCACUUCUUGUUUUAAACCAUAAAAGCAUAUUCCUCUUUUAUAUUUAUUUUAAUAUAAACUUAAAAGGUUUUUCUCUUGUUUUCUUCUUUGAUA